AUGGCGCUUACGUUGAAUGAUCUGGCUUCUUUGUUAAGCGUUCUUUCUGAAGAUUCAACCCAAACACAAACAUUUGAAGUUUUGGUUUCAACAUUUCAUCAUUAUUUUCAGAAAGCAGACCAUUAUAAAGUUGGGACAGCUUUGGUAUUGUUACUUCAGAACAGAGAUCUUCUUCCAAACCCAACCCAGAAGCUUGUUGCUGUAUUUUUACUAUAUGAAAUGUAUAAAAAUGAACCAGUUGUAAAUAAUCCAUUUGCACCAGUCUUUGUUCAUCUUUUGAAAGCACCACCAGAAAAUCAAGAAACUAUUCAGCAAGAUCUGCACUGGGCAAUUCCCCCAAUAUCAUCAUCUGAGCGCUAUUUUUUAUGCCAACUCUUUACUAAUCCUGUUAAAGAGAUGUUCAAAAAAACCCCUUUACAAGUUAUUCAAAUGGAUGUCAGUAAUACACAGAAUAUUGACAUGAAACCACUUGAAUUAGCAUUAAUGGAAAAACAGUCUGAAUUUCCAGCUAUCAGCAAGUCUUCAAUGCCUUCUAUAUUUUCUGAUCGGGAUAAUAAGCCAACAAGCUUCGAGCAAUUUGGAAAACCUGGCCUUGUAAAUCAAGAUGUUCAAAGACAAGCAAUUGAAGCACUUUUAACUGGACCUAAUCCUCCUGUUGAGAACUGCAUGAGACCAGAAUUCAUCAGAUUGGCUCCACCACUUCAUAUUGCUGAAGAUGAGUUGGUGUGGAUGAAUCCAUUUGAAGCAGAUUAUAUACCAGCCUGGGAUACGUCUAUGUGUUCUCGUAGUAGUGCAGGAACUGAUGUACGGCGGCUCAUGACCUUAGCUCUUAAAAGUUCUUUGACAUUACAGCAGCAACAACAACUUAUGGAUGGAUUAGAAAGAGAUCCCAAACUAGUUUAUCAUAUAGGAUUGACUCCUGCUAAGCUUCCAGACUUAGUGGAAAACAAUCCUAUUGUUGCCAUUGAAGUUCUCCUCAAGUUAAUGGAAUCCAAACACAUAACUGAAUAUUUUUCUGUUCUUGUAAAUAUGGAAAUGUCCUUGCACAGCAUGGAAGUCGUCAACAGAUUAACAACAACUGUUGAACUCCCAUCUGAAUUUAUCCAUCUUUAUAUUUCAAACUGUAUAUCAACUUGUGAGAGUAUAACAGAUCGCUUCUUGCAAAAUCGCUUAGUACGUUUGGUCUGUGUAUUUUUGCAGUCCCUGAUACGGAAUAAAAUCAUUGAUGUGAAGGAUAUUUUCAUUGAAGUUCAAGCAUUUUGCAUAGACUUCAGUCGGAUUCGAGAGGCUGCUGCAUUAUUUCGCUUAUUAAAAGCAUCAGAUAACAAUGGCAGUGGAAAUGAGCAGUAG